CGUGGGUGGGUUGGAGGGCAAGCGAGAACGCCCCACACUUCCGUUACGAAUCGUAGUUUAGAAACUGGAACAACUUCGUCUCAUAGUUCAUUUUGUGGUCCUUUAUCUCUAGUGAACGAUGUCUCUAUUCGGUGAAUAUCCAUGUAUCAAUCAAACAAUUGCUCCAAGUUAUAUUUCGUUUACUUCAGCAGCAAUAUCGGUUCCGAUGUGCUUGUUUACCAUCGCUGGCAACCUGCUCGUGGUAUUGGCAAUCUUCGUGGAUCCCAACAAAGAUCUAAAAUCGCCGUUUAACUACUUUGUGGCGAACCUAGCCAUCAGCGACCUUGUAGUGGGGUUUGUCGUCGACCCGUUAUCUUUCGCAUAUCAUCUGAGCGAAGGAACUUCGAGGAAAUACCCAGCCCCUCUGGCUUACAUCCACAUGCCAUACUUCAUCUCUUGUACAGCUUCUGUUCUCAGUUUAGCGGCUUUGACGGUGGAUCGAUUCUUGGCGAUAACAUCUCCUCUGACUUACAGAACAAAGCUGAAUCCUAAGAGGGCAGGUUUUGUGGCAGCUGGCAUCUGGGCCUUUUCACUAAGCUUUCCGUUUGUUUACUUUGUGACAGGCUACCUGACCUACGCAUUUGUCUUCGCUCACACAGUCAUAAUUUUCACUUUCCUGGUUAUGUUGAUUACGUAUUACAAGAUCUUUCGCGUUUUGAAAAAUCAAGUAAAACAGUGGGACUCGAUGGACCAAACGAACGUGGACAAUCAUGCCAAGAGAAAGGCGGCAAGAUGGGAACAGAAAGUGACAAAGACCUUUAUGAUUGUGUUGGCCCUCUUCUUGGCAUGCUAUCUACCUUCCUGCAUUUCCAUCUACAUCACGAAUCUUUGUAGUGCCUGCAGUUGUACGUUUAUUCAUUGGGUCAGAGAUUUUCAUUUCCUUUUGAUACUUUCCAAUUCAGGGGUGAACCCGUUUGUUUAUGCCUGGCGAUUUGACAAUUUCAGAAAAGCGUUUGUACAGCUUCUGUAUUGCAAAAAGUGUUUCUGGCGCCGACAGGCAAUAACUGUAGAGUUUCACACCUUCCCGGAGAGUACGACAACUGAGAUUACUGAUCCAGCUAAGUGCCAUAAAACUUAUCGAGUCAUGUCUCUAAUUGGUGAAUACCCGUGCAAAAAUGAAUCAGUCGCUCCAAUCUACAUCUCGUUUACUACGGCCGCGGUAUGUAUUCCGCUGUGUCUAUUUACCGUCGCUGGGAAUGUGCUCGUCGUGUUGGCAAUCUUCAUCGAUCCAAACAAAGAUCUCAGAUCACCUUUUAACUACUUUGUGGCCAACCUUGCCGUUAGUGAUCUCUUGUUGGGACUCGUCGUCGACCCGACUGCGAUAGUGUACCAUGUAAUAGAAGGAGUUGAGAGAAAACUACCACCUUUACCCUACAUUCACAUGCCGUACUUCAUUUCAUGUACAGCCUCUGUUCUCAGUCUAGCAGCUUUGACACUGGAUCGAUAUUUGGCGAUAACGUCUCCGCUAUCUUACAGAACACAACUGAAUCCUAAGCGAGCUGGUUUAGCGGCGGCUGGCAUCUGGAUAUUCUCAUUGAGUUUCCCUUUCAUAUACCUUGUCACGGGCUACCUUACAUAUUCAUUUGUCUUUCUUCACACAGUCGUAGUUGUCACCCUCUUAGUCAUCCUUCUCACUUAUCUGAAGAUAUUUCGUGUGUUUAAAGAUCAAGUGAGACAAUGGGACUCUUUGGAUCAAACGAACGUGUUCAAUCAGGCUAAGAGACAGGCUGCAAGAUGGGAACAGAAAGUGACCAAGACCUUUAUCAUUAUGUUGACUCUCUUCUUGGCAUGCUACCUUCCUUCUUGUAUUUGCAUUUACAUUAUCAACUUAUGCAAAGUCUGCAGCUGCAAUCUAAUUCACUGGGCAAGAGAUAUUCCUUUUGUUCUAAUCUUAGCCAAUUCAGGAGUGAACCCAUUUGUGUAUGCCUUGCGGUUUGAAAAUUUCAAGAAAGCGUUCGCAAAGCUCUUGAUGAACAGAAAUUGUUGUCGACAACAAGAACAAAGGACUGUAGCAUUUGACAACAUUCCCAUGCAGCCACAAAUGGUGCAAGAUGGAACACAAAGCGACUAAUUAUUUAGCUGUAUCUGAAUAAUUAGUCGCUUUGUGUAUUGGCUCUGUUCUUGGAGCAGGCUUGGACGUGAAGUAGAACUUGUUACCUAUUAAGGGGAUACUGCAAGCUGUUUUGAGUAGCGAACUGUAAAUAUGUCAAAUACGGCAAAGUUUGAUUUUGAAGAUCUUGGAAGAUAUGAUUUCUUUAUAGAGAUCGCCUUAUUCUCAGCUUGGAGAAACUCAAAACAGCGAAUUCAUCAUGAGCUCAAGUUGACAUAGUGCCGAGCGAAUUCGAUUCGGGUAAAUUUUAAAAUUUGUUCAUUGCCAACGCACAGUUAUUUCUAGAAUCGCAUCAUUGAGUAAAAUCUCGCAUUCUGAUUGAUUAACGAAGCGAAGUAUUCAGCCCGGAAUUGCGAGUUGAAAACGAGGCUACGGGAAAUUGUUUCGCAUGCACGUCACUAAGCACAACAACUAUCGUCAAAUUGUUCCAAAGUUUGGUUUCUAUGUCAAUUUAAAAUGUUUUCAAAACCAUUGUC